AGCCGCGUCUCUCUCUCUCUCUCUCCUGACCUGCCUUCACUUCCCCUGGUGACGGACAACCUGCAGGCUGUCUGACGGUCAGAUGAGACGUCACACCCCCCCUCCUGCCUGCACUUUACUGAACCGAGUGUCUCCUCCCUCCUCCUCUCUGCUCUCUCUGCGUAACAUGCGGCACAUCGUUCUUCCAGGCGGACGGAGCCACUAUCUCCAUCACUGACCUGGAUAGAGGAGAAGAAGACACCACCACCACCACCGCAGUGCCGCCGCCGCCGCCGCCGUGCAGAUGGAGUCGGUACCGGGAGGCCGUGGCUGCACGUCGCCGCCGCCGCUGCUCCCGGAGCUGCAGAGCUGGAGGAAGAGCACGAAGAGCCUGCUGGACAAACAACUCCUGUGAUCACAUCAUCAUCCUCUGCUCUGCUGCACCGGGACUUGUCGGAGGAAAUACUUGAUUCCAAAGCCUCUCCAUGGAGCCGGAGGAGGGUGCAGGGUAGGGGAGGCAGCAGGGGCCUCCAGGAGAGACCAGAGCUUCACAACUCAAGUGUAACUCCACUAAAGCUAAUGGAUUUGAAGAGAGUGCUGUCCUUCCCACCGUACCCCGGGGAUUACCUGCAUCCAGUGGUGUACGCCUGCACGGCAGUCAUGCUGCUCUGUCUGCUCGUCUCCAUCAUGACCUAUAUCGUCCACCACAGUGUAAUCCGCAUCAGCAGGAAUGGCUGGCACACACUCCUCAACUUCCUCUUCCACACGGGGCUGACAUUCGGAGUGUUCGCCGGGGGCAUCAAUCAGAUCAACUUACCUUUUGUGUGUCAAAUUGUUGGCAUUGUGCUCCACUAUGCUUCUUUGUCUACCAUGCUGUGGCUGACGUUUACUGCUAGAAACAUCUGUAAAGAUGUGUCCAAAGACCCACUUCGGGCCCAGAACAGGAACGGGCCGGCCCAGACCCGCACCAAACCAACCGUCCUCAGAUUUUAUCUCGUAAGUGAUGGAAUCCCUCUCCUAAUUGUUGGCGUUACGGCAGCAUUUGGCAUGGAUAACUAUGGCAGCAGGGAUGACGCUUUGUAUUGCUGGAUGGCAUGGGAACCAAGCUUGGGAGGUUUCUAUGCCCCCAUGAGUCUUCUGGUCUUAGUCAUGUCUGUGUACUUCUUGUGCACGUACAUCCAGCUCAAACGCCACCCACAGAAGAAGUAUGAGCUGCGAGUUCUGAGUGAGGAGCAGCAGCAGUUAUCCUCCAGUGAGUCCAACCAUCACUGCCACGUCGACACCGGGGGAGUUUCUGGGCCUGCCGGGGACUGUCCGCCGUUUGCAACGGGUGUGUCGGUUCUGGCCAAUGAGCACUCGUUUAAAUCUCAGCUCCGGGCCACGGCCUUCACCCUCUUUCUGUUCCUGGCUACCUGGGCUUUGGGAGCGUUGGCGGUAUCACUGGGACAUUUCCUGGAUAUGAUAUUCAGCUGCCUGUAUGGGGCAUUUUGUGUCACUCUGGGACUCUUCCUUCUCAUCCAGCACUGUGCCAAACGGGACGACGUGUGGCACCGCUGGUGGGCUUGUUGCCCGUCCAAGUCCAAGUCGGAGGACGGGAAUGGGGACGGACAGAGCCAGAGGCAGGAGCUCCAUCAGCCGCACUGCCACCUGAGCUCCCCAUGCUCGGGCAAGCAGCCUCUACUCUCGCCUCACCUUGUGCAAAGUUCUUACCAUAAAAUGACACCACCUUCCCAGAGCCCCACGCCCAAUCACGCGGGUCCGUGCUGCAUUGCGGUGAUGAGCCCCGUCUCCGCAACCCCCAUCUCGCCUCUCGUCGAGCAGGUGCCCUCGCCUCUUCCGCCGUCGCUUUCCGACGAGCUCCCUCGUCCCGCUCUGCCUCUGCAGAGUUGCCUUAAUGACCGAGCGAAGUCGCGCUCCUUCAACCGCCCGCGUCCAUGCCUCCAGGACUACCGUUCUCACAUGACUUCCACCAGCAUGGAUGGGAGUGUGCACAGCUCCCACCUGGACAGCCCUCACGCGGCGCACCACCUCGAAGGCUCGCCGCUGGUUUCCAACAGCCCGCACCCGGACCUCCAGCUCCCAUGCAUCAGUCCGCAAAUGGAUAAGCAGCUGGCUUCCUGCCACAGCUUGCAGCGCCAGAACUCCUGCCACAGCGUACAAGACUCAAUGGCUUCCUGUCACGGCCGCGCACACAACAUGCACGACAGCAUCACUUCCUGUCACAGCCUCCUCCUGCCUUCCCACGGGGUGCACGCCUGCCAGUGGCACAUAUACAGCUCAGCCGAUCACUCUUCCGCCGCAAGCUGCUGCGAGAAACCCGAUCCCUUCGCCUUGCAAUAUCAGCAAGACCCCGACACGUACAGCUGCAUGUCGAAGACGACAGAUCAAGAAAAGGAUAGUCUCCCCGUAGAGGCGGAGCAGAAAGGUAACCCAAGAAAUACUCUGCCUCGGCAGCACGGCACCGUCAGCCGGCGAGGUACCAUCGGCCGGAACAGGAGCCUGCAGGAAGACGGCCUGUUUGGUUCAGACGCCACAGGAAACAUACGGACUGGCCCUUGGAAGAAUGAAACCACCGUAUAGUUUUCUUAUUCUUGUACCUGUACUUGCCAGACCCUUCCAGCAGCCCUGUAAUUGAAUUACUCUGUAAGUGUUUGGGUCUCAAUGCCUUCAGCUUUUUGCCCUUAAACCACAGGUGUGAGUUUUCAGUGAGGCCUCGUAUCCUGAUGAUAUUUCAGAACCCUUUAUGACAUCUUUAAGUGUGUUACCAAUCAGUUUUUAUAAGGAAUAUUCAAACACAAGAGAGGUUCAAUUGAUGUUGAAUUCAUAUUCUGCUCCAUGCAGUUUAAAGUUGCAAUCAGUACUGUAUGGCUCUUUAAGGGCACAGUGGCUCAGUAGCAAGAAGGUUCCAGUUCGAGCCCCAUCAGUUCCAGUUGGGGUCUUUUUUGUGUGGGGUUUGAAUGCCCUCCUACAGUCCACAGACAUGCAGGUCAGCUGCAAGGAAUACUCCAACCUACCACAGAUUUAACACUUUGGACCUGAUCCCAAACAGACCAGUGGAAAAUGUACCCAAACAUAAAUUAUUUGUCUAAAAUAAGAGACCUGAUUCACGAGGGACUCAAGGACAGACCCAAUCUGUAUAGGUGUAUAGCUGUAUAAGAUUAAUAUAGAGUGCUACAGGAAUGAGUCCUAAAACCCAGAAAAGAGUUAGCAUUUUAGCAGAUGCAUUUAGCAAAAGCAUUUUA